GGUGGUGGUGGUUUUUGUCGGUGACGAGUGAUCUGGUGUGUGGUGCACGCGCCUGUGUGAACGUGCUGCAGCGGUGAUCACGUUUUGCUCGUUGGGGUCUCCCACCCGUUCGCCGGAAUCUCAUCACAUCUGCGGAAGAAAAGCCAGCCCUCCUCGACAUUCCGCCGGCUGCUGCCCGCGUCCUCGGACCCGAGAUCCCCGACACUAGAGCCGACGGCAAAGCCAUGCAGAAACAGCAGCAGCUACACGGACCGAGAUACGAGGAGGUUGGACGACGAGUGUGAGACAUCGCUCUCGCGAGCGGCCCGUUUUUCAAAAAACCCCGGCGUCGCGGCUUUUCGGUGAUUGGGGGCCCGCCGCUUGUAUCUCUCGGCCGCCGGCUGGAGCGGUGAACACUGCAGUGACCUAGGUUGUAGCACUGCGAAUGGUGUUUCUGGUUUAAAUCUCAUCUCGCCGGUGUCCCUCUGCCAUCCCGGAACGGAGCUUACCCGUGUUGUGAUCGCCGAAUUCUGUGAAUACAGCUAAAAACAGAAUGCGAUGAGCGCCGUCGUCGCUAUUUCCGCCCUAUGACAACCGAUAUGGAAGAAGAAGCGCUGGCCGUCUCGUUUCCACGGUUUUAGUGUGUCCAGUGUUCGUUAUCUGCUGUUUGAAACCGGCAGCGCCGUGUUACGACCCUCGGUUUUGAAAGCGCUGUGUGUGCCCUCGGGUCAUCAACCGUGACUACCACUACCACCACCAAGUACUGCUGCUCCAAGUACGCUGCUUUGGAUUCCCCUAAGUGUUGUGACCAUCAGGGAGUACUUUCGGGGUUGCCGUUUUUAAACGACUCCCAUCGACUAGUCGCCCGUUUCCUAAUCAGACAUCGCGUCUCUUUUAAGUUUUUUGUUGUGCGCGCAACCUGCCAUGGAUAUCAAGCUGCUGCACAAAAGCAACACCUUCAGCAACUUCGGCAGCCACAAGCUAGGCAGCUGGUUUUCCACGUUCAGCAUCGCCAGGCGGAAAAACGGAACCACGCUGAAGAAUUCCAAGAGCCUGAGUGUUGUUCACGAGCAUCCCCGGAUCGGCUCUGAUGGCGAGAGCGAGGAGGCAUCCGGUGCUUCGGACGAGGUCAUCUCGCCCGUGCGGCUUCGGCCCAAGACCAACAAUAACCGAAGGACCAGUCAGUCCGACAUUAGCAAGCGGUUGUCUCUACCCGCUGAUCUGCGGCUUCCCGAGAGCUUCCUCAACAAGCAGCAGCAGGUCUUGGAUGGUCCCCUCAGUAGGUCUAUCCGAAGGCAGUCUCUGUCUGAAAUCGGAUUUGGGAAGAUGGAGACCUACACGAAGCUGGACAAGCUUGGGGAGGGGACCUAUGCCAUGGUGUUCAAGGGCAAGAGCCGGCUGACGGACAAUUUGGUGGCUCUCAAGGAGAUUCGGCUAGAACACGAGGAGGGGGCGCCUUGCACUGCCAUUAGAGAAGUUUCACUCCUCAAGGAUUUGAAGCACAACAACAUAGUUACUCUACACGACAUAGUUCAUACAGAAAAAUCUCUCACUCUCGUCUUUGAAUACUUGGAAAAAGACUUGAAGCAGUAUAUGGAUGACUGUGGAAACUUUCUCUCAAUGAAUACUGUAAAAUGCUUUCUGUUUCAACUUCUGCGUGGCCUCGCAUACUGUCACGGGCGGCGCAUACUCCACCGAGACCUCAAGCCUCAGAACCUGCUCAUCAACGAGCGGGGAGAGCUCAAGCUGGCCGACUUUGGUCUGGCGCGAGCCAAGUCGGUGCCCAUCAAGACCUUCUCGAACGAGGUGGUCACCCUGUGGUAUCGGCCACCAGACGUCCUCCUGGGCUCCACAGACUACUCCACCUCUAUCGACAUGUGGGGCGUCGGUUGCAUCUUCUACGAGAUGGCGAGCGGGCGGCCCCUCUUCCCGGGCUCCACGGUGGAGGACGAGCUGCACCUCAUCUUCCGCACGCUGGGCACCCCGACAGAAGCCACCUGGCCUGGCAUCGAGUCCCGAUCCGAGUUCCUGGCCUACCGCUUUCCCCGGUACACGCCCGAGAGCUUGGGCUCCAAAGUGCCACGCAUCGGGGCGCCCGGCGUGGCCCUCCUGCUCGAGUUCCUCAAGUUCGAACCAAAGAUGAGGAUCUCGGCAAAAGAUGCAAUGAGGCAUUCUUAUUUUGACAGCUUGGGGCCAAAUGUCCACAAACUUCCAGACACUGCUUCAAUCUUCACAAUACCCGGGGUACAACUCAGUCGGACGGCAAGUCUACGAAGUGACCGCAACGCACCAUCGGUGUAACCAGAGCAGCUGCCGUUCGACUGACCUUUCUCUUCGCCCGCGUGCACUCAUACAUACACACACACUUCGACCUUUCUUGCGUUGCUCCCACUCAUCUGUCUGCAGCAUCCAAGAGCAAUAGGGUCGGUCGACAGCCGCUCCUAGUCAUGCCCGGCCACGGCUCAACUCUCUUGUUCCUGGUGUUUACUGCCCCGACACAUUGCCGGUUCUCCUGCACGCGCACAUUUUAUUUUAUUAUUUUCUAUGUGUGUUUCUCUCUCUCUGUCGCUUCCUUCAUGCGUGUUGUCAGCAUCGACUGCUGCGAGCUACAUAUCUCGACUCACCGCAGCCGUCUCUGUUGCCGCGUCACCUCUGUCGGCAAAACUGUGGCACAGUGCUGUACAACUACAGUCUAGUAUGAUACGAAAGGGAACGCCGACCUCGCAUUGUGGAAUAGUGGUAUGCGUCAAUGGUGUGAGAUAAUGGACUUGGCAAACGGAUGUGUGCCAGAUAUUUGACUAUAGUGCAGUGCUGUACAACUACAGUCCAGUACGAUAUGAAAGAGAACGCCGACAUUGCAUUGUGAAAUAGUGGUACGCGUCAACGGUGUGAGACUGUGGACAUCGAAAAUGAAUGUGUGCCAGAUAUCUGCACGCUGAAAUGCUCGGCCUCGCUUAAUACGUAUGCGCGUCACUAAUGAAAUGUGUCACACUUUCUUCCAAACUGGAUGCUACUUGUUAUGUGACGCAACGCUGAAUACACCUCCGCUCCAUGCAUCUGUUUUCAGAGAAGGGUCCCACGACACAUUCGUCCAUUUGUUACGAAUGGGGUACCUCUAGGCACUGAUUUGAGGACGGAGAACUGCUGUGCUUUGUCAAGUUUAAGGGGUUGCAGGAAGUAGUAAAAAGAUGCCAAGAAAAAAAAAGACUUUUUGCCGGUUUUUUUUGCUGCAUUGCUUAAGUAACAUAAGCCUCGUAGGGUGUCUAGUUUCUCACCCCCUAAACUUGGCUUAGCUUGGCUUUGCCCGGUGCCAAGUAAAGAACAAAUCCCACUCUAUAAAGAAUGUGGCACAAGCUAUUCGCGUCUCAGUUGGCCAUUUGGAAGCGCGCACGGUAUUUUCGUUGACGGAAAGAAGCCGACGCGCUGUUUAGACAAAUUGAAAGGACGGCAGAAGUGACAAAUGCACUGCAGAUAUUUAUAGUUUACAUUCUCGUCCUGCGCAUUUCUUUUUCAUUUGCUGCCAUUAAUGUAUUUCUCAUCCCUGGCAUUAUAACGGUGCAACACUGAUUUACCGGUCUCGCAUUCCGACGUGUUUUGCUGCGUGGAGCAUGGUUCAUAUCACGAACGGUUUUAUGGACUGCCGAGUAAAAUAAUGCUGCCUGUAUUGAUUGCCUGGCUUGCAACUCAGAUGUCAUAACCGCAUUCGCAAAUUGUUCAAGCGAUAAAUGGGUAGUCUUUAAAACCACGAAGCAGCGAGUGUGUAUAGCUUUUUCUUUUCUCAUCUGUUCGGUGCAGUGCAUAAAAGUAGGUUGCUGCUUCACAAAAGGAAAUCUGUCAUUUUCGUUUUAAAGCAGGAUGCUGAAAGUGAUCUCUACAGUGGAAACUUACAGAGUAGAGUAUUGGAAAAAAAAAAACUUGUGAUUUUAGAAUUAAGAGUUUAGCCAUUGUCCGGUGUAAUAAAGCAGUGAAAGAUGUCGGGGACGGGUUAACCGCACCGCAUUGGGACGAUGCUCGGACACUGAUUUCAUGCUCUGUAAUGAAUUUGCCGCCCGCGAGUGAGGUGAACUACGCUCACGCACAACAUUCUGUGGCUGUGUAGAUAACGCCAUAUAGAAGCAAACUGAUUGCAUGCAAGAGUGCUGCUCUACAGUCUUGCUGCCUUGUAACGUGGCAAAUACAAAAUGUCAUUUCAUUUUGUUUCUUUUGGAUAUUUGCAGCAAAAUUUCUUACCGGUGUUCACGUCAGCCUAUGGCCAAAGCCCAAACAUUCAGAAAUGCUUAAUAUAUAUGCUCAGAAACAGAUAUGUGUGCACUACCACGCAGUACAAGUUUGCCGUUCUGACACGGCGAUUCGCUCGCUACAAAGUAAUAUUGCAGAGAGGUCCCUCACUAUUUCUCAUCGUCAUGCUUUGACUACAAAGUUUAUCGAGUCGCAAUGCAUCUUUUUAAUUUUAGAUUGCAUUGCUUUUAAGAAGCAUUCCUAAGCCCGGUGAAACACAAGCUGUUGGAAACAUUAGAUCUAGACGGGUCAUUCAGAUGUGCUACUGUUUUCAUCUCAGAAAUGGGAGAGAACAGAACAGCACGGUGCAAUGAAUUGCACCUGUCUUUUUCUGUUGUUUGUUACAAUCUGGAAUAGGCAACAAAUAUCAUGAAAGAUUUUCUUCUCCAAAAGAUUUGCAUUCUUGGCCACAGUAUCAAUGCAAGUAAAGAAAAAGUAAAAGCAGAGUGAAAACAGUCUUAACUGCUUGGCAUUCUGAUACAAGCACAGAAGACCCAUACUCACAGGACGACGUGCCUCAUAAUCAGAUAGGGGUUUUUGGAACAUAAAAUUCCAGGGCAUAUAUUUUUGAAAGUUAGUUGCUCAGCCACAGAAAGUUGUGCGCGAGUGUCUAGGUAGGAGCGCUUAUAGAGGGCACAAAUUGAGCUUGCUUAGCGCCAGAUAAGUGCUAGAAAUGGUUUCCCCGGUUAAGGCAUUUCCAUUUUAGGUCUCAUUUACUGCUAGCAGAUAUCUUUAUGCCUCAUUUUACUGUGUUCUCUUGACAUAUACAUUUUUUUUUCUUCUACGCCCGCAGUUUCAAUCGUUCUGCAUCUCUGAUCUCGCUAUCCCUCUCUCCCUUGAGCCUCUGUACUCUCUCCAGCUAAAGCUUAUUUAUUGCACAAGCUAGUCUAAGCAAAUUUUCGUUAAGCCAAAACUAGAACACAGGGAGUUGGAAAGGACAAUGUACCACACUUUGCUGCGAGAUGCAAUUUGUCUGUGCAUAUUAUAUCGAAGACACGGGCGGGGGAAGCGGUCAAUAUACAUUGCAGUUGCUGAACGACUUAGCAUAUGGGCAGUCUCUAGGUGUUCCAAGAUCCUGAGCUGGUAGCUUGCCAACAGACAUUCGAGAGACGUUUGCUUUUGUCCGAGUAUCUGCGCACCAGCUUUGUUGUAAGGAUAGCAAACCUGCUUCUGCUGGUGUGUCCAAAUUUUUUUCAUCUUUUCUCAGCUCUGGUUGUGAUAGUGUGGAUAUUGCUCACAAGGGCUGUCGAGACCAAUCUCUCGGUGAAUUUUACCGCGACUACAACUCUCCCGAAGGCAGUGGUUAUCGUCGGCAGCGUGAACUUCAUAAGCGCAGGUAUGGAUGAGAAAACUAAGACAGACCUCAAAGACAAGGAUUGGAGGGAAGAUGGUGUUAGUUUACUGCAGACAUGUUGCAUACGCAUGCGCAAUUCUUUGGGAUCUUCAGGAAUAAUACACUAAAAAGAGAGAACUUACUCUUCGUAGACUGUACUGCGCGCGGCGACUUAAAGCUAGUGCACCUAGAGUAGGCUUGCGUGUUGUACCAUUUAGCUUAACGUGUUAUAACCUUCGUCUUAGCCAGUCCCCGAUGCUCAAGGGAAAGGCCCACAACUCUCUACAGUGCAGGUGCACCAGCACUCAAUCAAAGUACACAAACCGUGCACUGAUUGCUGUAUGUGUCCAGUUGUCCAGUUCUUUCGGUGCUGACCAGAGGGAAAAAGAAAAGUCCAUCCAUCCAGCUAAUCAUUUAUUAAGGAAUUGACGAUUUGCACGCCCCCCAAUACCCGACUCGCUCCCACCCCUGCAUUUCCAACUUGUCCCUACGUAGCCUGCACGCUUGUCUCCCACGUUUGUCUCGUAUGCUUUUCUUACACUCCCGGCGAGUUGGCUGAUAGUACUUACGGCAGGCAAACAGGUCAAUGUGUGGCUCAAUCCACUCUUUGUAAGACAUUGAGACAAGUGUUAACUGUCGGACUGUGUCCAUUGCAGUCCCACAUCUUAGAGACACCCGAGCUUGUAAUGGCAAAAGCGUUUCCCUAGGACUUCCGAUAGUGUUCUUCCCAUUGUUGAGCUUUGUGAAUGUGUGUGCACGAUAAGUGUAAGGGGUAGGCACCAACGUGAAAGGGAGUGCCGGUUCGCUGUUUCAAACGAUGUUUACUGCGAAGGUGUAAGUUUGCACGCGAAUCACCGACGUGCGCCGAGUGGUCCUCUGAGAAACGAGGGUCACUCGGAAGUCAGGCGAUAGCUUUCACGUCGGUCCACCUAUUACACGCUGGAAACGAGUGCCGAACACGCUGCAGUCUUGUAACCUUCUCUGCAAGCGCCACAGAGCUUCGUUCUUCUUUUUCCUGAAAGUCUACACCACAACAAGUAUUGCCUCAGAGUGUGUGUGCGGGCUUGCAGUACAACUUUCGCGCUUAGGAGGAGGACCACAGGCCUCUUUUUUCAGCAAGAGGGCGAUGUCAUGUUUGGUCUCGAACCUCGCUGGCUAAACUUUCGCGGCCAGCAUUUUUUUUUAUGGCAGUACCGUAAGGUGUUGCAAGUGUCGGCUGGCCUUGGCUCGUUUCGGCAGCCAGAGGCACAUGCGCACAGCCCAGUGUGAUAAGUCGAAGGACCUGUACCUGGCCUGUUUCUAUGACGAUUGCUCACAGACUCUCAUCGCUUCAGGGCGAGGUCAAAAGAGGAGGACGCGAAGCUUUGCGCAUUGACAGUGCGCGUGUGCCAUAGGCAGGAUUGAAGUUUCUCACGGUAGUUCGCCGCACCGUCGCUUUGCCAAGGAAGGGGAUUAAGGUGUUUUGUCAAAAGCUCUCUGAGGCAUUCAUUCCACAAGACUACUCGGUCCCGAAGCUCACCUCCCUGCGUGGUUGAAAUGUCUUUGGGAUAGCUCUUCUGUACCACUACUACCUUUCUUUUUUUUUUUUUUGAAGUGUAGGAAAUUGUGUUUUCUUGCGUGCGUGUGUUUGGAGUGUGCUGCCUGAAGGCGAGAAAGCAUUGUGGGAUUGUUGUCAGAUGCCACAACUGUGUGUACAAGAAGAAUGCAUAUAUGCUGCAUCUCGGAAGUUGUUGUCAAGCUGUUGUAAAUAAAAUUGUACAUAAACAUGCAAUAGCAACAUAGACAAAUAAAAACAUUGAUCCAGA